AUGUACAACACGCGGGAACUGAUCGCCUCGACCGCUAGCGCAAGCAUCCGCCAACUGCCGAUGAACUCGUCGUCCGGGCUGACAAGGACCAUCCUGAACCUUGUCUGUCGCGUCUGCAACCUUAUUUCCAACUUUAACUGUCCAGAAUGUCAUUGCCAAGCGUAUCGAGUAUGGUCAAGGUCACGCGCGCGAUGCGCUCAACCAGUCAGUGGGAGCCAGGUUAUAGCUCUGGGUACGCUGCUCCUCCCACAAUACUGA